AUGGGAAAUAUGUGUUAUCGAGAUUAUGAUGAGGAGAAAUUGUUGGGAGGAUAGGAAUUUAAAAAACCAGAAUCAGUUUAAGGUUCAAUAAUGAAACCGAAACGUAAAUACACAUUUUGAUUAUGGAGCUAGUGGAGAUGGUUAGACAAAUGAAAUUACAAAUUAGAAUUAAACUGAAAUGACCGAUGAUCCAGAAUUAUAAGUGGAAAAAGAUGAAUUCUACAAAUUGUCCAAUGUAUGAUUGUGCCUCUAAGAAUUUAAGGAAAAUACAAGAUAAUUAGAUAUAGCAUCUAAAACAUAAGAGCCUGAGGGAUAGGGCUUAUAAACAUAGAAAGUAAACAUUGAUAGUUUCCGAUUAUUAAAAGUUUUGGGAAAGGGAUCAUUUGGAAAAGUUAUGUUAGUUUAAUAUAAAUCAAAUUGUAUUCAAAUUUAUUUAGGGUAGCAAAAUAUUAUGCAAUGAAGGUGUUAUAAAAAAAGAAUAUUAAGAAUGAAAGAUAAAAACGUCAUACAGAGACAGAAAGAAUUAUUUUAGCAACAUGUUCUAGUAUCUUUUUAGUAAGAUUGAGAUAUGCAUUUUAAUCAUAAUAUAAAUUGUAUCUUGUUGUAGACUAUAUGCCAGGUGGAGAACUAUUUUAUCAUUUAAGAAAAGUGGGAAGAUUCAAGGAAGAAGUAGCUAAAUUUUAUGCAGCAGAAAUAUUAUUAGGUUUACAAUAUUUACAUGAAAACCAUAUCAUCUAUAGAGAUCUUAAACCAGAGAAUAUUUUGCUAGAUGAAAAUGGUCACAUUAAAUUAACAGAUUUUGGUUUAUCCAAAAUUAUGAUGGAGGAAGACGAAACUGCAUUCAGUUUAUGUGGAACUCCUGAAUAUUUAGCACCUGAAAUACUGACCACAAGUUUUUAUUAUUCUUAUAACAUUAUAUUAGAAACUGGCUAUGAUAAGACUUGUGAUUGGUGGAGUUUUGGAGCUUUAGUGUAUGAGAUGUUAGUAGGAGCCCCACCUCAUUACAAAGAAAAUAAAAAGGAAAUGAUUCGGAGAAUAUUAACAUAACCAAUACCAUAUCCUUCAUAUUUAUCCGAAAAUGCUCGAUCUUUAUUGGAGUAAUUAUUGGUUGUAGAUGUAAUUUAAUAUUUUUUCAUUUUCUUAGCCAAAAAAACGUUUAGGAUAUGAAAAUGAUGGAUAUGAUAUUAUGAAACAUGAUUUUUUUAUUGGUAUUGAUAUGGCAGAAAUCAUUUAGCAUAGAGUAUUUUAUUUUUACAUUUAUAUAUUUAGAUCCAACCACCUUAUAAAUUCGAUAAAAAGGAGUUGAAGUAUUUUGAUGAAGGAAUGACUAAAUAAAUUGCUAAAGACACACCUGUUAAUGGUACCUUAUUACCAAAUUAAAAUUUUUCAAAUUUCACCUAUCAACCUAGCAUGCAAUAAGGUGCUACCAUGAAAAAAUGA